UUGCCGCGGGAUCGGACUGCGCUCAGGUACACCGCCGCAUCACACUGAGAGAGAGAGGGAGGCAGAGGAGCGAUAUUUAUAGCCCAGAGCGAGGCUGGAGGAGCACAGUCAGAGGCGAAGCUUCGGGACCCACAGAGAGGCGCACGGACCACGACGAAGCCAAAAAUGAAAGCGUUCCUUCUAUUAUUCGGAGCCGCGGUGGUUGCGCUGGCGCGCGCAGCCGCGUCCGACGGGGAGAUCUCCUUCGAGUACCAUCGCUAUGACGAGCUGCGGAAGGCGCUGGUGUCGGUGUGGCUGCAGUGUCCCACCAUCACCCGCAUCUACACCACCGGGGAGAGCUUCGAGGGCCGCGAGCUGCUGGUGCUGGAGAUGACCGACAACCCCGGGACGCACGAGCCUGGUGAGCCGGAGUUUAAGUACAUCGCCAACAUGCAUGGAAACGAGGCAGUGGGGAGAGAGCUGCUCAUCUACCUGGCCCAGUAUCUCUGCAACCAGUAUCAACAAGGCAACGAGACCAUCAUCGACCUCAUCCACAACACCCGCAUCCACCUGAUGCCCUCCAUGAACCCGGAUGGCUUUGAGAAGGCGGCCUCACAGCCGGGAGAAAUCAAGGACUGGUUUGUGGGCCGCAGCAAUGCGCAGGGGAUCGACCUGAACAGGAACUUUCCUGACCUGGACCGCAUCGUCUACAUCAACGAGCGAGAGGGCGGAGCCAACCACCACCUGCUGCAGAACAUGAAAAAGGCCGUAGACGAAAAUGCAAAGCUGGCUCCAGAGACCAAGGCGGUGAUCCACUGGAUCAUGGACAUCCCCUUUGUCCUCUCUGCAAACCUGCAUGGAGGAGACGUUGUAGCCAACUAUCCGUAUGAUGAGACCAGAACUGGAUCCACCCACGAGUACAGCGCUAGUCCAGAUGACGUGACCUUCAAGUCUCUGGCUAAAGCUUACUCCAUGUACAACCCGGUCAUGUCCGACCCCCAGCGGCCCCCCUGCCGCAAGAAUGACGACGACUCCAGCUUCAAGGAUGGCAUCACUAACGGCGGAGCGUGGUACAGCGUGCCUGGAGGUAUGCAAGACUUCAAUUACCUGAGCAGCAACUGCUUUGAGAUCACUCUGGAGCUCAGCUGUGACAAGUUCCCCAGUGAGGACACACUGAAGACCUACUGGGAGCAGAACCGCAACUCCCUGGUCAACUACAUCGAGCAGGUUCACCGUGGCGUGAAGGGCUUUGUUCGUGACCUGCAGGGAAACCCCAUUUCCAACGCCACCAUCUCUGUGGAGGGAAUCGACCAUGACAUUACCACAGCCAAAGAUGGAGACUACUGGCGCAUUUUGGCUCCAGGAAACUACAAAGUAGCAGCCACUGCACCAGGAUACCUGACUGUCAUCAAGAAGGUGGCUGUUCCCUACAGCCCUGCAACUAGGGUGGACUUUGAGCUGGAGUCAUUGAUGGAGAGGAAGGAGGAGGAGCGGGAGGAGCUGAUGGACUGGUGGAAGAUGAUGUCAGAGACACUAAACUUCUAGAGCGUCUGUCUCAGCGGUCCGACCACUCGCACAUCUGUGUAAAAUACUCAUCCUGUGUGCCCGUCCACUCUAAAGAGGAUAUAUAUGUAUCCUCUCUUUCCAGUCAUUUUUUGAUCACACCUUUGAUUAUCUUCUUUGCCUCACAACUCCUGUAGAUGGUCUGAAUGUCCUGUACGCAGUGAAAGACGAGCAAGAAGCGAGCGGGUGGCGGUGAGGCUGCUGUUGACUUCCGUGGCAUUGUGUUCUUUCGUUGUUCACGUGAUUGGUAACCAUGGCACCUAUCUAUAUAACCGGUGAAUGAUUGCGCAAUUAGAGAAGCUGUUUACAUCACUACCACAUGGCUCCGUCUGUGAGAAACCAUGAUUUUAUUUCUUCCUGUUUUAAAUGUCUCUGUUUUCCCAGGCUUUAGUACACAAACACAGAAAGUUACUGCACACAGAAAGCUUUCUCCUCCUGUCAUCUUUACUCACGGCGUGUGAAAUGAUGUUUCUGUACUGUAAUAUAAUUUAAUAAAACAACACUAUGGUUCUGAGAUAAUCAGGGACAUUAAAAACACUGUAAUAUAACUGUACACAUUAUAUUGUACGCAGUCCAUAAAGGCCGGCUCAUUUCAGUCGUUUCUUAGUGAUGUUGAGAUUCUUUUUAAACAGCAGCACAGCUUUGAAUUUAGCACAAGAAUGAUUAUAAUAUUUAAUGUAUUUAUGAACUAGGUACUGCAAGACAUAUAUCAACUAUUUGGUUACCUAAAAACAAAUAAACCGAGGUUUUUAGUCUCUAGAAACGUCAUGUUGGACUGACCUAAGCUGUUCCUCUGUGUGCUCUCUGCACAUGACUGUAAGGAGCUGUCAGAGGAAUUGAUUUUCACAGAUUAAUUAUUGCAAAACUCUAUUCUUAAACUUUAUUGUAAACAUAAAUGUUAGAAAACUGAGUGGAUGCAGUUUAACAAAACUGAAACCGCAGAAAAGGAACUUACGAAUGUACAGCUAAAGAAACUUAUAAAGUGUGAUGAAUGACCUGAUCAAUAAAAUCCCCUCUUUAUGUUGUCAAA